AUGGCGUCACUUCCCUCUCCCUCCCUCUUCUUCUUUUUGGUCUUCACCUUCAUCCAUUUCUGCAACUCCGCAGAAUACCUGAAGCUACCGUUGCUGCAGAGGAACCCACUCUUAUCGCCAGCUCAGCUUCUCGCCGCCGACACCCACCGCCUCUCCGGCCGCCGGAGCAUUGUAAAGUCCCCGCUCAUAUCCGGCGCUUCCACCGGAUCCGGCCAGUACUUCGUGGAUCUCCGAAUCGGGUCGCCGCCGCAGCGCCUCCUCCUCGUCGCCGACACCGGCAGCGACCUAGUAUGGGUCAAGUGCUCAGCCUGCAAAAACUGCUCCAACCACCGACCCGAAUCCACAUUCCUCGCCCGACACUCCAAAACGUUCUCUUCCCACCACUGCUACGACUCGCCGUGUCGACUCGUUCCACACCCGAAACCCGCCCGACCCUGCAACCGUACCCGGCUCCACAGCCCGUGCCGCUACGAGUAUUCCUACGCGGACGGGUCCGUAACAAGCGGGUUCUUCUCGAAAGAAACGACGACGUUCAACACAAGCUCAGGUAGGGAAGCGAAAAUAAAAAAACUCUCAUUCGGGUGCGCGUUUCGGAUCUCCGGCCCGAGCGUGACCGGUGGGAGCUUCAACGGAGCACAAGGAGUAAUGGGCUUGGGUCGUGGGUCCAUAUCGUUCAAUUCCCAAUUGGGUCGCAAGUUCGGGAACAAAUUCUCUUACUGUCUACUCGACUACACCAUAUCCCCGCCUCCAAAGAGCUACCUAACCAUCGGCGGUUCCGCUAACGACGUCGUUUCUCGCAAGUUCAGUUACACGCCUUUGCUAAAUAACCCUCUCUCUCCCUCAUUUUACUACAUUGGCAUCGACAGCGUCACCGUCGACGGCGCCAACUUACCGAUAAGUCAUUCCGUUUGGGCAAUUGACGAGCAAGGUAACGGCGGAACCGUCGUGGACUCCGGCACGACGCUGACGUUCCUGGCGGAGCCGGCUUACAGGCAGGUCCUGGCGGCGUUCCAGCGGCGCGUGAGUCUUCCGACAGCGGAGGACCUCGCUCUGGGAUUCGACCUGUGCGUGAAUGUCUCUGGCGUGUUCAGGCCGAGGCUGCCAAAGCUGAGCAUUGCUCUUGUCGGAAAAUCGGUGAUGUCGCCGCCGGCGCGAAACUAUUUCAUUGAGGCGGCGGAUCGGGUCAUGUGCCUGGCAAUCCAACCCGUGAAACCGGGUUCCGGGUUUUCGGUGUUAGGGAAUCUGAUGCAACAAGGUUACUUGUUUGAAUUCGACAUUGACAGGUCGCGACUCGGGUUCUCGCGUCAUGGAUGCGCCGUACCCUAA